GUUGCCUGAAGAUGACGAUGUUCAGAGGACCUUCUAGACAAAUCGUGGCCCUGUUUUGUUCUGAAACAGGCGCUGUCUCUCUCACAAACCUCCUGUGCCGACUCAAGAAUCAGAGACUGCAGAAAUCUAGUCCAAUGCCAGUAACAGUUUGUCUUCAAUAUUUUCAUGUACUUGAAGAUCAAAAGCUGAUGUGCACUGACACAACUGUAGAGUGGAUUCCUAUAGAAGAAUGUAAACCUUCAUCAUCAAUGUCAUUGAAGUCGGAGAACACACAAAAUAGUAUCAGUCUAACUGAAAAAUUGUUCCAAAUUACAGACACAUUACAAGUAACAGGAAUUCUGGUUGACAUCAUUUUAGAAUUUCCCAGAGAACUCCAAGGAAGCCCUGAGAGUGUGCUGUCAUUGUGUGGUGCCCUGGGACAUUUGAAAGAGUGGUUUAAUGCAUCGGUUACCACAGUGGUACAUCCAGCACUGCUGUCUGACCUUGAUCCGGUGUUAGCAGACAGUCGCCGACAACUAUGUGACUUUGUUAAAGCAAAAUCAGCAGGCUGUUUUGAAGAUUUUGGAAGUAACUGGGAAGAUAUAUGGCGUGGUAAAAUCUCUGUGAUUGACAAGACGGUACAAAGAGGUUAUGUGUUGCCUGGAUUUGUAGUGAAGAAGAGUGAUGGAUAUGAUGUGAAAGAGGAUUCAUUGGUAUGGGGCCGGAUGUUGGAGGUUCUGGAUGAGGUUGAUGUGGGAACCAUUCCCCUCUACAUGUGUACUAAAGAGAGGUACAAACUAUGUCUUGCUGAUUCCCAUCCUCACUCCAUUGCCUUUGUGGACCAGGUGACAGCUGACCAUCAGCUAGGAAUCGUGGCACGACUGGCCUGUUAUCAGAAACCACUUGACGACUGUUCAUCCAAUCACAAUCGAUAUCUGAACAGCGCCACCUGGAAGGAGAGCAUCAUGUCAGAUAUCAUGUUCGUACAGGAGCCAGAGGAAGAAUUACUAAGUGGGUACAGCUAUCUCUAUUUCCUUAUUUCGUCACCACAGCAACCAUUAUCAGAGCAUCAAAGUUUGACAGUCACUAGACUUUGCCCUCCAGAAAAUUUGAAUGGUUCUCUGAUGACCCUGCUGUUUAAGAAUGCUGUACAACCAUGUGGUCAGAUUGGUACUGCUGACAGUGAUAUUGUACGACCAUGUGAUAUGGAUAGUACUGUUGUUGGUGAUGUAAACAGUGGUGUUAUUUUAUCAGAGUUACCUGCCCUUGAUGCAGAGAUGCUGGAGGAGUUUAACAGAAUUCUGUGGCAAAAACAGACAGAAUUACUACAUCAAUGGCUGAGAGAAAAAAGUGAACACCAGGAUCAAGAAUUGAAAGUCAAGCUAAGUGAGAUCAAGGAUUUCUUUAAAAGCAUCUAUACAGACCUUCGUUGCAGCUUAUGGGGUGAAUUACCUAAAUUUCAACCUAGCUGUGAUUCUUUACGAACUGUUCAGACAGCUGGUGCAUUAUCAGAAGUAGAAACCAAUCCAACUGAAUGGCAGGAAAGGCAGUUGCUCAUCUAUUGUGAAUCUCAAAGGCGAACAUUGAGUCGACUUCAGUCAACAGAUAGUGUCGCUUUGUCAUCCCCAAUACAGCCAGCUAAAGAGCCUACAUCCAUCGAUAUUAAAGAUCUGCUGAAACUCUUCAAACCAGAUGGUACAGCAACCAUGGAAAACCUGUCUCCAAUCAGGAAAAAGAGGCAAGGGAGAUGCAGGAAGUCAGUUGUGCCCAACUCUGAAGACCUUGGACAGGAAACCAUUCCUACUUAUCUACAGUCUUGCUGUCAUGAUAUAUAUUUAAACAAAGACAAGAAAGGUGAGAGACUUGACAGUCAUAAACAGAAGUUACAGGAACGUUACAUUACUGAUGAAACUAACAGCUCCUGUUUUGUUCCGACCUUUAAUUUGGGGAAGAAGAGGAAAAAGAUCUCAAGCCCGCAAAAGAGUGCAAAGAGAUUAAAAUCUCAUGAAGGAAUGAAACCAUCAGUAAAAUCUCCACUAAAGACUUCAAGAAAAUCACCUCGAAAAAAUCCAGCAGCAAAAGCAGUAGAGCUGAACAUAAGACGAUCUCCCAGAAAAAGUUUGUCUCUUUCUAAACAAGUUGAGUUAGAUAAACAAACAUCCCCGAGCCAAACAAGUGCAGAGUUCUUAUCUUUAAGGAGAUCGCCACGCAAGUCCUCAUCUCAGAUCUCUUCUCAGCGACGCCACUCACUUUAUGAACCUGCUAUAAGGGGAGGUCACUCUAAGGAGCCUACUGUGUCAAAAACAAGCAGGUUAUCACUAUCGGGGUCAGAAAAUAGAAGGAAAAGCUCAGCAUCCAGCAAAGAUACAAUGGAACAACAACGUUUAUCUCGUUCUGAAAGACACAAACAGAAACUUCUGGACAUAGUUGCUGAUGUUCUAGAGAAAAAUGGAGUUGAUCCUAGCUCGACCAUUCACAUGUCAUGUGCCACCAGGCUGUACAAAGUUACUAAGCUCUACGUCAUGGACCUGCCAACAUCGGAGAAUCUGAGACAGGAAAUGAGAAGGAUAGCUGAAGGACAGGUACAACAGGUGAUUGAUGUAGAAACAAGACGACAAAGUAUUGGUGGAAAGGACAGCAAAGGAAGAUAAGUUACCUAGGUGUUGGUCACCACAACAUCGAAGAGAGAUAACUUACCCGAGUAUCAGCCACCAGGACAGUAAAGGCAGAUCAGUAACUUUUGUGUUGGUCACCAUGACAUCAAGGGAGAUAACUUACCCAAGUGUCAGCCACCAGGACAGCAAAGGGAGUUAGUAACCUAUGUGUUGGUCACUAUGACAUCAAAGGAAGAUAAGUUACCAGUGUUAGUCACCUGGACAGCAAAGGGAGCCAAGUUACCCGAGAGUUGGCCACAAGGACAUCAAAUCGAGAAAGUAUACUCAAGUGUUGGCAAUGAGGAUAUCAAAGGAAGAUAAGUUACUUGACUGUUGGCCACAAUAAUAUCACAGAGAGAUAAGUUAACUGAUUGUUGGCCACAAGGACAUCUAAGGGAGCUAUGUUACCCGAGUGUUGGGCAACAUGACAUCAAAGGGAGAUAAGUUAUCCGAGUGUUGGCCAUAAGGACAUCAAAAGGAGAUAAGUUACCCGAAUGUUGGCCACAAGGACAUCAAAGGGAGAUACGUUACCAGAGAGGGCAUAAAAAAGAUGAAAAAUCUGAGGAUUGCUUUCAUUAUACCGAAGUUUUAGCUUAUGAACAUUCAUCACUGAUGAAUUCAUUGUAUUAUUGUCCAAAGUGCAAUAUUAUGUUUAAUUGUCAUGCUUUUGAAUAACUAUAUUUUUAUAAUAAAUAUUUACAUUAAAGUUACAGAAUUUUUUGAA